AUAUUUCAGAUUCAUUUAUAACAUAAUUUAUGAAUUUUGCCUGUAAUUUAAGUUUCUUCGCUUUUGGAAGAUGUUCCAUAAUACUGCAUAAAUAAUCAGAAAAUUAUUCAUCACUUGUUGUGGCUGGAGGUGGGGGUGGAGUUUUUGGUCUAGUAGAUUUUAAUUAAUUCAAUAAUAUUUCAAUAUUAUCUUGAAAACAUUUUCCUAGAAAAUAUAUAACAUUGAACAAUAUAAGUAUAAAAAUAUGGUCACUAAGAACUAUUAAAAAGUUUUGAAGAAUAUUACUUUUUUUAAUUGUUUCUGUCAAUAGUGGUAAAUCAAGACUAUCAGAUUCCAAAGCAGCAACACUAUAUUCAUUAACAUUACUAGUAGUUCUAAAAAUAAAUUAAUAUUAUUAAUAACAAAUAUUAUGAACAUAUAUUAUACACCUGUUCAAAAGUAAAAUCUUGUGCAUGCUGAGUACUUAUAGGACCAUCAAUUGAUUCUUAAACAAAACAAUUAUACUGACAUUAUUAAUUGUUUUAAAUUUUAAACUUAUUUGAAAAUAUUAUACUUUGAGUUAACACAGUAUUUUCACAUUCUUCAGUAUCAUUUAUUCCAACUUGUUCUAUUUCAGUAUACAAUUUUCUAAGUAUAUUACAUUCAAAGGAACUUGAUUGGACAUCUUAAAAAAUACAUUUAAAAAAUAUUAUUUAUAGUUGAAUCAAUGCAUAGUGCCAUAGUUCAUAUUCCAUAACAUAUUAAAUAAACAGAUUAUAAUAAUAACAUUCUGAAAAUGACUUCUCCAACUGAAAAUUGAGAUGCAUCAACUGACAUUGUUAUGGUACCACUGUCCUUCAACGUUUGUGUGUGUGCGUCGAGAGCUAGGACGCCAUAUAUAUUGUUUUUGUAACAACCACACAUAGCUGUUCUCAUAUCAGAUAUCCAAUGUUAUUAUAUUUUUAGUUUGUCAUUUUGUGUCAAUAUAUUAUUCUGUCAAUAAUUAUUUUUAAAAAAAAGGGGGGCAUGUUAUGAUGGUACCACUGUCAUUCAACGUGUGUGUGUGUGUGUGUGUGUGUGUGUGUGUGUGUGUCGAGAGGUAGGACGCCAUGUAGAUUGUUUUUGUAACGACCACACAUAGCUGUUCUCACGUCAGACAUCAGACGCCAUACUAUUUCAGAAAGGUUAUUCAAAAACGUUGAUCUAUUAUAUUUUUAAAGAUUGUACAAAAUUGGCACAGAAUCGACAUUUUUAAAGAAAACGAUGUAAGUACCUUAAUAAUAUUUAUAGGAUUACUAACCACUGUGUGACGGGGAGUUAUAAGACCAUUCCCUCGGGGGUUUUUACACCUUUGGCCAUAUGUCGCGAGGGCGGCUCCUUCACGCCUUUGGGUGACGCGGAAACAUCCCUCUGACGGGUUACGUCAGGGCGCCCUGGUUUAUAGGAUGUUAACUUCCUUUCUUCCACUCGCCAAUCAGUUUGACAUAAUAAAUUCUGUCAGUUUAAUUUCAAAUCAGAAAUAAUCAUGUCGAGUAAAAAGUUGACAGGGCCAUUGAUAUGUUUUUAAUAAAUAAUUGGAUCUACCAUUCGGAUGCCACCCUUUAAAUUAUUAUCCAGUGAGUAAUAAAGAAUAUUUAUGAAUAUACGUGUGUAUUUCAGGAAUUGUUUAAAAGCAGUUAUUUUAUUAUGGAUCGGCAUCAUAGCUUUCCAUUCAUCGGUGACCUCUUACGAGAUUACUGGAAGGGACAUACGUGGAUUAAGAUUAAACUAUUGUGGAGGAUUGCUUAAAAGUAUUGAACUAUACUAUUUUGACAAACGUGAUAAGGGACAUCUACAGGACUUCUUUGAUUUCUUACAGAUGCCAAAAUCUACUCUUGGACCACUAAAACAUAUAUUGGUACCUUAUGAUAAAUCGCCGUGUGAUAAAGAAAUGGAGCAAACAAUCGAAUUGCCCGUAAAGCUAUAAAAAGAAGAAUACUGGAGUUGACAGUCAAGCAAUUACAAUUCAAUGCACCACAAAAAGAAAUGUCAAGGAAAUUAAUUAACAGAUAAAUAUUCAUUACUUAUAAAAUGUUCAAAUAAUCAUUCACAUUAACAUAACUAUUAUAAUCAGCUGUAAACUUGUGUAUUGCUAAGUAAUAUAAUAUUUGUUUUGAAUUAUUUCAAAAAUUGAAGUUACUUCAUUUCUCUUUAAGAGAUUAUUUUUUAUUGAUAAUAAGACGAUAGAUUUUCAUGUUUUACUUCUGCGUUGAGCAAUAAAUGUAAAGAUUUUACUAUAAUGCGUUUAUUUAGUUGGUGUAUAAAGAAAAGUACCUACAUUAACUUUAAGGAAAACAAUAAUUUUGAAUACCAAGUUAGUUUUUUGUUGAGGUGUGCAUUUUUGAGCGGUUUUUUAAAUUAGAAUUUUCUAGAAUUGGUAUAUGAUUGUAAUUUGUAUAGUAAGAUUACUAUUUUUGUGAUAUAUAAGGACAUUUACUUAUUUUAUCAAUGUAGGUAUGUAUUAUUACAUUUCAAUUUUUAAAUAAAAACAUAGAAGAUAUUUUAAUACAAGGAUCCUGAUAAUAUGUUUCUCUUAGCUGAGUUAAUAAUUCCUAUAAUCAUACGUCACAUUUUCUUUGCAUUUAAAGCAUUUAAAAAUGUACAUUUACAGAGGCAAGAGCUGGCAUUUUAAUAUUUGUUUGGUUAGAUCUUACAAUAACCGUCCUUAUAAGUAUAAAAAUGUGGCACACUUCGCUCGAUAGGUUCCCCAACUAUCAUUUAAUAUUAUUUUACAAUUAAUAUCAAGCAAACUGUACUCAUUUUUAUAAACAUAUAACUUCUUAAAUUUAAAUCAUAACUCAGAUGAGUCAAAUCAAUAUAUACUUUACUUAACUUGUACUCUGCAGGAAAAUUGUCUAUAGAUCGUAUGGAACAAUUUGUAAAAAUUAAGUCUUAUAUUAUUGUGAACUGUAAUUGAAAACUUAAAAAUAAUUCACACCCCUGAAACAAUAGUGACAAAAAUCAAAAUAUCAAAAUGUUGGGAAAUCGACUUUUAAUGUUUCAUUAUGUCAUUUAAUCAUUACAAAUAGGAUUUUUAAUUAAUUUUUCUUUUUUCAAUCUUAUAGUAUUGUUAAUAUUGUAUAGUUUACUUUUAUAUGCUUAAAAUAAUAAUUUAAGUACCAUUUCAUCUUUGUUUUAUUGUAAAUCUGAUUUCAGUUUGACUUCGGUCAU